AGUUACCUUGGUUGUAUGGUCUUGGUAGAUUAUCACUAAGAGUGCUGGAGUAGUUCGCUGUUGAGGCGAUUUUCUUCAGGACUUCAAUUUCAAUUCGUUCAGUGAAAAAACAGUGAGAGAAGGUGAAAAUGGCCGCCUUUGCUGAGCCACACUUUAGCGCCUGGCAGAGCGGAUCCGGAGGCGGCGCGAGCUUCGGGAACAUGACCGUGGUGGACAAAGUUCCACCAGAAAUGCUUCACUUGGUAGACGCACAUUGGUACCAGUUCCCGCCGAUGAACCCGCUGUGGCACGCGAUCCUGGGCUUCACGAUCGGCGUGCUGGGCCUGGUCUCGGCCAUCGGCAACGGCGUGGUCAUUUACAUCUUCACCACGACUAAGGCACUCCGCACCCCGUCCAAUCUGCUGGUGGUGAACUUGGCCUUCUCGGACUUCCUCAUGAUGUUCACCAUGGGUCCGCCCAUGGUCAUGAACUGCUACCACGAGACCUGGAUCUACGGACCGCUCAUGUGCCAGAUCUACGCCAUGUGCGGCUCCCUGUUCGGCUGCACGAGCAUCUGGACGAUGACCAUGAUCGCCUUCGACCGCUACAAUGUGAUCGUGAAGGGUCUGGCCGGCAAGCCGAUGACCAGCAAUGGCGCACUGCUGCGCAUCCUGUUCAUCUGGGCGUUCUCGCUCGCGUGGACGCUGGCGCCCAUGUUCGGCUGGAAUCGGUACGUGCCCGAGGGCAACAUGACGGCCUGCGGCACGGACUACCUGACCAAGGACUGGGUCAGCCGCUCCUACAUCCUCGUCUACUCCGUCUUCGUGUACUACAUGCCGCUGCUGCUCAUCAUCUACUCCUACUUCUUCAUCGUGCAGGCCGUGGCGGCGCACGAGAAGAACAUGCGCGAGCAGGCCAAGAAGAUGAACGUGGCGUCGCUGCGCAGCGCCGAGAACGUCAACGCCAGCGCCGAGUGCAAGCUGGCCAAGGUGGCGCUCUUCACCAUCGCGCUGUGGUUCUUCGCCUGGACGCCAUAUCUCAUCAUCAACUACACCGGCGUCUUCGAGUCGGCGCCCAUCAGCCCGCUGGCCACCAUCUGGGGCUCGCUGUUCGCCAAGGCCAACGCCGUGUACAACCCCAUCGUGUACGGCAUCAGCCACCCCAAGUACCGCCAAGCGCUGUACAAGAAGUUCCCCUCGCUCUCCUGCCAAGACACCCCCGACGACACGGCCUCCGUGGCCUCGGGCGCCACCGCGGUGUCCGAGGAGAAGCCCUCGGCCUAAGACGACGACCUGGCACGCUCCGGACCGCGACUGUUGUACAUAUGCGCAGCUCCCGCUGAAGAAAUGCUAUAUUUUCUAUUUCUGUUGAAUAAACUCUUCAUGCAGCA